AAAAAUUUGCCAACACGACCUCGGUUUAUAAUUAUAAAGAACAGUAAUAUUUCCACUGCGUAUUUAUAUUCUUUUAUGCUAUCUCUCUCUCUCCUCCUCCGAUUCCCUCUCGCCACGAACGUCACCAUUCCUUUUCCGAUCAACAUUCGACGUCAUCAACUGCUCGUCCUCAUCGUUCUCCUCAAUCUGUACAUAUAAUCGAUACAGCUCAACGGUAUAUUUGCAUUAUUUUCACAUUCGUGGCUUUUGCAGAUUGAAACUUCCCGCAGAUCCGUCUUCCGGUUGCUCACUCGCUCUGGCCGUGUUAAGUUGCUUGGAUGAUAUUGGCACUUCUGGUGGACAAUGAAUUCCAGUAUGUUGGCUGGGGAGCGAAGAUGGGCUUCUGCGAGAAGGGGUGGCAUGACUGUUUUAGGGAAAGUUGCUGUUCCAAAACCCCUGAACUUGCCAAGCCAAAAGUUGGAGAAUCAUGGCUUGGAUCCCAAUGUUGAAAUUGUUCCCAAGGGUACUCUUAGCUGGGGAAGCCGCCCAUCUUCAUCGGGUUCAAAUCCAUGGAUCUCAUCGUCAGUAUCACCAAAUGCUGAAGGUGGUACUGUUUCCCCAAGUCAUCUUAGUGGUCGCCCUUCAUCAGGUGGAAGUGGCACUCGACCAUCAACAGCUGGUAGUGAGAGAUCACAUGAACCUGCUUCCAGUGCUUGGGGUUCAAGUUCUAGACCUUCGUCAGCCUCUGGAACAUUUUCCUUGAAUCAGACAUCAUCGACUUCAUUGCGUCCUAAAAGUGCAGAAAACAGACCAAAUAGUUCGCAGCUAUCAAGGUUUGCAGACCCUGUGUCAAAAAAUUCAGCAGCAUGGGGACCAAGCGGUACUGCAGAAAGAUUGGGUGUAAGAUCCUCCAAGGAUGAAGAUUUUACGCUGAGUUCUGGAGAUUUUCCAACUCUUGGUUCUGAAAAGAAUAAUUCCUUGAAGAAUGCUGAAUUAGAAGAACUUGGGCGUCCUAGGUCAGCUUCUGGUAGGAUAGCUCAUGGAAAAGCUGAUUCGAGGUCCCAGACUGAUUCAAAGCAUGGCGCCGUGGAUACAUGGAGGGCAGAUGGUUUCCAAGGUGUAGAUGAUGAUAUUCAUCCCUGCAUGGAGAAAUGGAAUGGGGAUAACCCUCCACAAUAUUUUAAUCCCAAUACUGCCCCUCAGCAUUUUGAUACAUGGCGUGGCCCUGCUCCAAUGAACGGCCAAGCUGGCAUUGCUCCUCCGCCUUUAGCAGGUUCACAGCCUGGCCCCACCCCUGGUCCUAGGGGACCCCAUCCUAAAAAUGGAGAUCUAUACAGGCCUCAGAUGCCUGAUGCUUAUGCACAUCCAGGUAUACCGUUUAGACCUGGUUUUUAUCCUGGCCCACCAGGACCCCGUGGGCCCCCUGGCCCACCAGCUCCUAUGGCUUUUGAAGGUUAUUACGGACCACGAAUGGGCUGUGAGCCAGAUAUUCCUUAUAUGGGCAUGGCAGCAGGCCCACCAGUUUAUAAUAGUAGUUAUCCUGGCACUGCCCCUGGUAUUGGCAAUUCUCAUGGCAGAAAUGGACACGGUCAACAUCCUGGCAAAACCUCAUCUGAACAUGUUGGUGCUGAUCUGGCAGAGGACACUCAAGGGCCAAAACGAAUUCAUUUGAAGAGCCAUAUUAAUCAACGUGAUCACCCUAGGGAUGAAAGAAAAACUUGGGAGCACAAUCCACAACCUGAUGUCUCAUAUCCCGACAGACAUCGCCCACAUAUGAUGUCAUCACGGAAGAAUGAGUGGGGUGCUGAAGAGGACACGGAAGAAUCUGUACAUGCAAAGAGGAGGAUGCCGAGCCAGAUGACAUCCCGCAGUUCUGACUAUAAGGUGCACUCAUCGGAUGGGGUGAAAGUGAAGUCCUUUGAAGGAACGAGCAAUCCACAAGCAGUUUAUGAUAAAUCAACAAAUGCAUCUGAAAGUGCGCCAUCUCUUCAGGAAGAAAUGCCUCGGGUAAUCCUUGGUAGCGAGAAGGAUUCAUCACUUCGGACUGGAUUGAAAAAUCCAUCUCUAAUGCAUAAGAUUGAUGGCUUAAAUGCGAAAAUCCGUGUUUCUGAUGGACGAAAUAUUUCUCCACGUGCUCAUAACCGAGAAGAGGAAAGGAAUAGGUCCCAAGUAAUUGAUGCAAAGGUUAAUAGCAAUGUGGGGGAAGGUACCCAUGCUGGAUCAUUUGAAAGCACUCCCAGAGAUUUUACUUCUGGUCCCCAUGAAAUGAUUAAUUCUGCUAGUGAUAAGCCAUUACAGCAAGUAACAGUCAUGUCUAGGAGACCACAUCAUGGUGGGCAGGGUAGAAUUGAUCAUCGUGGCAAAGGUAAGUUCGGCAAUGUGGAUUCUGAUGGAUGGCGGAAAAAGCCUCUUACCACUGAAUUAUCCCACGUGAUUACAGCAUCACAUGAUGAAUCCAAGGCACAUGGUACUAAUGUCAAAGAGGCUUCUGAGGAUACUGUGAGCAAACCUGUAGGGAAAAUUGAAGAAGAAGCUUUGGUUGACACGCUUGAUUCCAGUGAUAUUCAAGCACAGCGAGCCAAGAUGAGAGAGAUAGCAAAGCAACGUGUCCUGCAACUGCAGAAGGAAGAGGAAGAAAGAAUUAAAGAGCAGAGAGCCAAGGCUCUUGCUAAGUUGGAGGAAUUAAAUCGGCGAACACUAACUGUCGAAACUGGAACUGAAAAGCUUGAUAAAGGUCAGGUCAUUAAUGACAACCUGGAGGAGCAAGAUGAAUCCCGUGUAGUUAGUGAACCAGUGAUGGCCAGUAUUAACAGUUCGAAUCAGGCUGAAGAAUCCAUGAUUGAGACGUCCACGACUUUGCCCGUGGAGACAAUUGUGACUUCUUUGUCAGUGCAUGAAGAUGCUCGUGAUGUCAGUGCUAAGAAAACAGCACCUCAAUUUAAUGAUGGAGUCACUUCUAGGCACAAGCGAACGAGCUAUAAGCAAAAGCAGAACAGUUCAUUGCAGAAGAGCUUCACUGAAAGACCUGUCUCUGAUGUUGCAGCCAACUCCAAGGCGUUAGGAGAUAAUACUUAUGUGGCUACUAAUGAUAUUAAACCCCACGAGUAUACCUCGAGUGAAAUUAAAUCGAGCGAGGCAAAUGUGCUCAAUGCGGCAGAUACUGUGGCUGAGCCAUCCGUGCCUCAUAGAAGGAAAAAUAAUCGGAGUGGUAAAAGUAAGCACAAACUGGACGGGACCCCUUUGCCACCAGUAGAAGCUGACAUUGAUCCUGGAAAGGAGUCAGUUGAGAAAGUCGUGACUGGAAAGGAUUCAGUUGAUAAAAUUGUGACCACAGGUUCUUUGUCAAAUUCGGAUACCUCUGUUUUGAAAUCAAUUGAGACAUAUGAAGCAGUUGAAGCUCGGGUAGGAUUUAGCUCCUCUUUGCUGAAUGAAGAAUCUCAUAGCAGGGUAUCCAGUCAGUGGAGACCUCACUCCUCUCGUAGGCAGCCAAGAAGUCAACAACAGGCUAAUAACAAGUCUCAUGGAGGUGAUGCCGUGUGGGCCCCUGUUGGCACGCAGAACAAAGCAAACAAGGGUUCAAUUGAAGCAAGUCCGAAUUCUGUGCAUGAAUUAGCUAACCUCACAAAAGGUAAUAGUCAUUCAGUGCAGAAUAGUUUGAAGGGAAAGAGGGCUGAAAUGGAGAGGUAUGUUCCAAAGCCUGUGGCCAAGGAGUUAUCCCAGCAAGGAAAUGUCCAAAAUUUGUCGUCUUUUACUGAUUCGUCUCAAUCAAAGGAUGGGUGGAGUGGAGAGGUCAACGAGGUGAAUGUCGCCCGCAACAAGCACAAGAAAGAUCAUGGAACUUGGAAACAAUUGGGUCCAACUGAUUCAUCUCAUAUGAAGGGUGGGCAUAUUGGGCCGUCUUCAACAUUCAAUCCAGUUAAGGAAAUUCAAGAAGCAAAGGAGAUUGGUCAAUCAGUCAAAGGUGAAACAGAUACAGUGAAUGCUGAAAUUAGAACUUGUGGUACAGGCAGAGGAAAGAGAAAUGUGUCCAGGGCCACCGGAUAUAACACCCAACCCGAAAAAACUUUUGGUGGUGAAGAGCAGACGGAUAGAAGUACUACUGGUUCAAAAGAGAAUCGGGCAUCAUCUCAUUGGCAACCCAAGCCGAGCUCGAAUGCAGCAAUUAAUAAUCAGUCAGAAAUCAACAGGUCUUCCAAGAAGGAGCAGCAGCAUUAUCAGCCCAAGGGGCAAGGGGGAAGUUCUAGUCAAACCCAGCCUGGUCAACCUCCUGCGGGUAAUGAAGAGGUUCAUGUCGAGUCUAAUGUUGGGUUUGGAUCAAGGAGGAAUGGUAAACAUAACAACAAUCGCUCGGUUAGAGGCCACGAUAACAAUAAUGCACGUGGGGAUUGGAAUUCGGGGCAUGAUAACAGGACACAUCCUUUUUGGGAUAAUAGACAGAGGAACAACAACAACACACACUAUGAAUACCAGGCAGUUGGUCAGUUGAAGGGUAAUAACAACAGAUUGGAAAAAGUUGAUGAGCCGGUCGAGGGAGGAGCUGAUAGUAACUACCAAAAGCAGAGGGAGAGAGGCUCUGGUCACCCCAGACGAGGCGGGAAUUACAACAGGCGCCAGACUGGAGCUCCCGCUCAUGUGGACUCCAAUUGGGAGUGAUCCAAAGGUGGAUUUGAGUUAGGUUCGCACCUUUUUCUUUUUUUUUUUUUAAACUGCAAAACUCAAUAUGUUUGAUUGAUUUGGCAUUUAUGUAAUCUGGUAUUUUAUGGCUUAGCACAAAUCUUAUAUUUUCAAGUAGCUGGAGUAGAGUUGUUUAAUUGGAUGGAGCUGGAUUAGUGGCCUCGGGUUAGGGCACACCCGUUGGUGGGAUGUGUUUGUUAGAUUAAGGUAAUCAACUGAUGUGAUAACUCAUUUUACAAUUGCGUUUGAUUCCAACUCGCUGUGAAUGUGAUGUGGCUGCGAGUGAUCAACUUUUGCAUGCAUAGUGACGUCAUAGAUUGCCUGAGUGGUAAAAUUUAGAAUAGCCCAGCCAUUCAUUAAUCCUUAGCACAAGGACACACUGUCUCAAGCCCUAAAGCAAUGCUAGGCUCCAGUCAAAGAAUGGAAACAUGUGAUUAUUCUUUGGGAUUAUUAAUUAUCCUUAACAAUCACGGAAUGCAAAUGAUCC